AUGGUGCCUCCUCGUAGCAGCGGCGACCAUCAAGAGGGGUCAGUGGCCCAGGUGUUGAUAGACGUUGAUCGAUUCCCUCAUCUUGGUGGGGAGUCGGGCAUUGUCGGGUUGUUGUUGGCCAACGCCGCCAGACGCCUUAAGCAGAUCUCGCAGAAAGCAGGUUGUCGGAAUAUAACGGUGAUGGGCCGGGGGGUCAAGUCCAAGGGCAACCACCCUGCGUCUGACGAGCCUCUACAGUUGGAAUUACAUGGCAUUGAAAGCGACCGCACGCCGCAGAUAGCGUACGAGAUGGUCCAUCACAUAAUAGAGGAGGAGGAUAGGACUCGGGCUGCUAAGGGCAAGGGGGGUCGAUCGGUAGGUCUGAAGAUUCAUUUCUGGCUUACAUUGUGGGCCUCAGCAACAUGGUGGGUGGAGUAA